AUGGCAUCUAAGAUGAAAGACAGGAAGAGAACUCCCAUCUCUCACAAAGUCAUUGAGAAACGAAGACGGGACCGCAUCAACCGCUGCCUAAACGAACUAGGGAAAACAGUACCGAUGGCACUGGCAAAACAGAACUCUGGAAAGCUGGAGAAGGCUGAAAUCCUAGAAAUGACGGUUCAGUAUCUGCGAGCGCUCCACUCAGCGGAUUUCCCCCGUGGGAGAGAAAAAGGUGAACUUCUUGCUGAGUUUGCAAACUACUUCCACUACGGAUACCACGAGUGUAUGAAGAACCUGGUGCACUACCUGACCACAGAGGACAGAGCUGAAACCAAAGACAUCAAGUACGCACGGAUCCUCGCUUUCCUACAGUCCAAGUCCCGUGUGGUCACCGAGCCUGUGUUCGGCUCUGUCGGCUCGAUGCCGGAACCGUCUGACUACCUAGGUCAGCUGCACUCCUCCCCGGAGCACCAAAGCCACAGUCCAUCUGACUCCGUGUACCAGCAGAGUCCACCGGGACACUUCUCCUGGCACAGCUCGGCCCGCAGCCCGGGCAUCUCGUACCCAACAGUGCCGCUCUCUGCGCACACACAACAGCACGGUGGAUACUUGUCACCGGUGCAGGGACUCGAUCACCACUACUUCAACUUCAUCGGUCACACGCACGCAAACACAUUUAGUUUGCACAGUGCGCAACACGCCAUGUAA